AUGGGGUUGUAGAUGCUCCCUUGAAUAGUUCCAUGCGGAAUUGGUUCCCUGCACCAACGUUUCGAAAUUGGUUUCCCAUCCCGGGGGGACCUGUAUAUCUCCCUCAGCGGUAAAACGCAGAGUGCUAACAGAAAGUUUUGUAAAUUUCGUUGUGCCUGAAAGAAGUAGGGUUCGCAACCGUGUUGGAAUGACAAAUUAGCUGCAUUUCUAAUUACAAAGCACGUAGUUAAAGCGGGACAGGCUGGGGACAGGUCUCGCCUGUGUUAAUGACUCAUGCAAGCGAUAAGGAGAGUUCUUUCCUCUCCAGCCCAGCAGCGUCCCCUGCAUCAUUUUCAGAUUCUGCGAGCUUCUACUUUCAUCCACACGAACGCCUGCCCAUCGAGCAUGAAAGCCAUCCAAGUUCGAAACACAGGGGACUCCUCGGUCCUCCAGUAUGUCGACGUAGACAAGCCAGCGGUAUCGGCAGGCCGCCUAUUAAUCAAGAAUUCCUUUGUCGGUGUCAAUUUCAUUGAUACUUAUCAUCGCAGUGGUCUUUAUAAGGUUGAGCUUCCUUUCAUCUUGGGCCGUGAAGCGUCUGGGAUCGUGGAAGCCGUUGGUGAAGGGGUCAGCGGUUUCGCGCAGGGUGAUAGAGUCGCAUAUUUGUCUGCAUCUACCUACGCCCAAUAUACUGCGACUCCUCCCACAAACGUAGUUCGACUUCCUCCUGAAGUGACGCUGGAGCAAGGGGCUGCCUUGCUGCUCCAAGGAUUGACGGCACUGAUGUUGGCACAGCAAGCGUAUGAAGUCAAACCGGGCGAUGAUGUACUUGUGCAUGCGGCGGCUGGUGGUACCGGCCAGAUGUUGGUCCAAGUAUGCAAGCACCUAGGUGCUCGUGUGAUUGGAACCACCUCUUCUGAAGAGAAGGCUGAUACGGCUCGUAGGGCUGGAGCCGAUGAUAUCAUCCUGUACACGAAGCAUGACGUCGUCCAGGAGGUACGCAAGCUUACCAACGGCCAAGGUGUGGCGGCAGUGUUUGACGGCGUAGGGAGAUCAACAUUCGACGAGUCCCUUGCAUGUCUGAAGCGAUUGGGGUUCAUGCUGUCGUUCGGGAAUGCAUCUGGAAAGGUGGAUUCUAUCGAUAUCAUGAAACUUGUGCCACGUGCGAUUCGUCUAAUGCGACCUAGUCUGUUUGAGUUCUUAACGACAAAAGAGGAGUUUGAUGUACUUGCGAAACAGCUGAUGGACUUGAUGGCAGCGGGAAAGGUUAAGAUUGAUCCUCCCAUGAUAUAUCCCCUUGAAAACGCUGCAAAAGCACAUGAUGUCUUGGAAGGCCGCAAAACCCAGGGCAAACUGCUCCUGCAAAUCCCUUAAUGGGUUGGAGUAGGUGUAAAGUAAGUAUGAUAUUGCUGGGAGGUAGAUAUUUCACAUCAGGCUGCAUAAGAUUGGAAAUCUUUUGCACAUGUUUGGCCUAUAAUGGCAAGACUUAAAUAUAUAUAGUUUAUAUUCUUUCAAAAUACAAAGGUACAUGAAAGGGCAAGACUAAGU